UCCAGACUUAAUUAUGGAAACAACGUUAACAGGUUUAACAUUCCGAAUACUAGAAGAAAUUACAAAUGGAUUCUCUGAAGAAAGAAAGCUUGGUCAAGGUGCAUAUGGAACUGUUUAUAAGGGAGAGCUUAAAAAUGGAGAUGAGAUUGCAGUGAAGAUGCUUCAUAAUACACUAGAAUUUGAUGAUAGUCAAUUUGAGAAUGAGUUUAAGAACCUUAUGAGCCUCAAGCAUCCCAACAUUGUACGUUUAGUUGGUUACUGCUAUGAAACACAUCAUAAACAUACCGAGUACAAAGGAAGAUUAGUUUUUGCUGAAAUUAUACAUAGAGCGCUCUGCUUUGAGUAUAUGCCUGGUGGGAGCCUUGAAAACCAUCUUUCUGAUGAACUUCAUGGCCUUGACUGGCCUACACGAUACAGAAUUAUUAAUGGGACUUGUGAGGGUUUAAAAUAUUUGCAUGAGGAACUAAGCCCUCCUAUUUACCAUUUGGACCUAAAACCUGGCAAUAUAUUGCUAGAUAAGAACAUGGUGCCAAAACUUGCAGACUUUGGUCUGUCCAAACUCUUCAGCGAAGAGAAAACCAGGAUCACACAAACUCCUGUUGGGACAAUCGGAUACCUACCACCAGAAUACAUAGAGAGGAAUGUAGUCUCAAACAAAUUAGACAUAUUCAGCUUGGGUGUUGUAAUGCUAAACAUAAUUGCAGGACCUAGAUGGCGAUCCAGAAGUGCCGAAAUGUCUUCCCAGGAAUUUAUUAAUCAUGUAGUUGGAAAUUGGACAACCAGAUUACUCGCGACAUGGGAUGGUUCCAUGUUUGAAGCAUAUUGCCAUCAAGUACAGACAUGCAUUGAGAUAGCAUUGAAAUGCAUGGAGAUUGAUAGAAACAAAAGACCUAGUAUAUCCGAUAUCAUGCAUAAGAUCAAUGAGAAAGAAACUAUGAUUGACAAGCUGCAGAUAAAGUACGAACCAGAUGUCCUCAGCAAUCAUCAAGGGAAGCUACCUUCAUACAGCAACGAGUUUGUCACGCUUGAGAGCAGAUUAGGGAGCAAUUUGAACUUAAGUGACAUCCCAGAAAACAAAGAAGCUGAUCAACACAACAAUACUUCUGGUGUCAAAGAGAAUGUGGAGGAGCAUGACAUGCACCAGAUAAUAAUUCCGAUGGAACAACCGGAUUAUCCCAUUGAUGUGCAUCCAGUGAAGCCAUGGAUCUUGACAUGCAAUGUUCUUGGCUCUGUUGACAUUCUAAACUAUGAUACGCAAGAAACAGUGAACCUGAUUCAAGGCUCGUUUGGACCAAUAGUUGGCUCAGCCAUUUUCAUAGCGCGAAUGGAAUGGUUUGUGGUUGGACAUCACAAUGGCUUCAUCAGGGUGUACACAGACGAGCCUCCGAUUCGGCAAGUGAAGAGAUUCAAGGCUCAUUCAUGGAACAUCACCUGUUUGGAUGUUCAUCCAACUGAGCCCUACCUGCUGUCAGCAGGCAUGAUGGACGUGAUUAAAAUGUGGGACUGGAACAAGGGCUGGGAGUGCAUCAAGACGUUUGACAUGCAAUCUUUCCAGCAACCAAACGGAAUCUUGUUUAACCCACAUGACACACGUAAAUUUGCUGUUGCUUCCAUGAUGGGUAUACAGGUUUGGAACUUCCGUACUUCCCGUCGUGAGUUCACAUUGUCCGGGCAUGAAUCUUUGGUCAACUGUUUUGAUUACUUCACUCACGGCAGUCAGCAAUACAUAAUAACUGGUUCUUUCGACAAAACAGCCAAGAUCUGGGACUGUAAGAGCAGGACAUGUGUUCAAACGCUCGUAGGGCAUAUGGAUCGUGUUACCUGUGUCUGUUCCCAUCCAGAUCUCCCAAUAUUACUUACAGGUUCAUUUGAUGAGACAGUUCGUGUGUGGAACUCGACUACCUUCAAGCUUGAAGGUGUACUAGACUUUGAGCUCGGAAAAGUGAUAAGUAUAGUUUGUUUGAAGGGUUCAAAACGGGUUGUGAUCGGACAUGAAGCUGGAUUAGUGAUUACUGAAAUUCCCCACGGACAGCCAGGUCCCAGCAACAGAUCGUAAGUAUACUGACUUGUAGUGCACCUAAAUCAUUCAGGACACCGAUUCAGCAGUAUAAAUGGAGAGGAGGCUUGACAAUCAAGAUCUGAAAUUCGGGGACCAUGGGAGAAAUUUCGUAACUGAUGUAUGGCAGUGGAAUAGUGGAUAUAUGAUUAAUCUGUAUACUCACAUCCCUGCAGAUGCUUACUAUAGUAUGUUUUACUCUCUUUGUUUUAUCUUUUUUCCUUCCAAACUUUUCAUCUGAUGUUUUCGUUUGUUUCGAAGUGAAGUUAUGCUGUUACAAUGUCAGUUCUGAUAUAUAUUCA